CGGGAAUUUCACUUGGCCGGCAACACAACCAACCAGUAGGGCUCCGCCGUCACACCAGUCAAUGUUGCUCAGAUUGCAGGGUUGAACACGAUGGGCAUCUCUCUCCCUCGUGUCGAUUAUGCACCCUAUGGUCUCAACCCCCCUCACACUCAUCCACGUGGUACUGAGAUCUUGACCGUGCUUGAGGGCUCACUCUACGUUGGCUUCGUGACAUCGAACCCGGACAACGAACUGUUCACAAAGGUUAUUAACAAAGGAGAUGUAUUUGUGUUCCCUCAAGGGUUAAUCCAUUUCCAGUUCAACUAUGGAACAAAAAAUGCAGUGGCACCUGCAGCAUUGAGCAGUCAAAACCCUGGGGUGAUAACUGUGGCCAAUGCUGUAUUCGGGUCAAAGCCAUCCAUCCCUGAUGAUAUCCUUGCCAAGGCUUUUCAACUGGACAAGAUGACUGUCGACCGCAUCCAGGCACAACUCUAG